AUGUCUGAGAUUUUAGCAUAUAUUGGAACAUACCAUCCAAAUGGUGAAGGUGUAUACUUGUAUUCUAUGAACAAGGAAACAGGUGCUCUCACACGUAAGAGUGUUGUUUCCACCAAGGAGUCACCUGCUCAAUUGGUGAUCGACAGCGUUAACAACAAAUUGUACACUGCCAGUGAGAUCACCAACUAUCAGGGUGGAAACAAUGGAUCUGUCAUUUCCUAUAGCAUCGACGUUGCAAGUGGUUCGUUGACUUUUAUCCAGGAGUGUGAUGCUCUCGGUGGAUUACCAUGUCACCUGUCGUUGGACAAUGAGAACAAACAUCUCAUGGUUGCCAACUAUGCCUGUGGUUCGGUAGCGGUAUUCCCAAUCGGUAGCGAUGGUGCUGUCAGCAAGUCAUCUUCGUUCUUCAAGACCGCUGGCGAUGUCGGUCCGUUGCGCGCUGAAGGAUCGCAGCCUGGAAGUUUCUCAAUUAGUGGUCACGACGGUGUGCAUGCCCACUGGAUUGGAACCGACCGUUCCGGACGCUACGCUUUCCAUACCGAUCUUGGACAGGAUAGAAUCUACCAAUGGAAGUAUUCCAAUGGAAAUCUUGCACCAAACUCGCCAGCUUGGAUUCCCGCUGCCUCGAAAGGUUGCGGUCCACGUCACUUGGUUUUCCAUCCCUCAAAAGACUAUGCCUAUAUCAUCAAUGAAGAGUCUUCAACCGUUACACACUACGACUUUGAUAGCAAUACCGGUUUGCUCAAAGAACGUUCGACCAUCUCCAAUUUCGAAGCUGGCUACAAGGGCAGUAGUUUUGGAUCGGGUAUCGUAGUGUCGCCGUGUGGCAAGCGUAUCUACGCAUUGAACAGAUUACGUAACACCAUAACACAUUUUGAUAUCUCAGAGCAAGAUGGAUCUCUAUCGUUUAUCGAGGAGGUUUGGACACGCGGUGACUUCCCACGUGCACUAACAAUUGACCCAACCCACCGAUUCCUCUACGUACUCAAUCAACGUAGUGACAACAUCACCUAUUUCACAAUCGAUCAACAAUCUGGUAAGUUACAAUUCAAUAAUAACUACAUAGAUGUUGGUAGUCCAUCACAAUUGAAUCAUGAACAUAUUAAUUAUUUUUUGAUAUUAGAAAGAGUUUAUAAAUCUUUUCCUUAA